UGCAAUGUGCCAUGAACGCAUCUCGAGUUGUACCUGCUGUUACUAUAGAAACGUAGCAUAGCUUGCGCUAGCUAACGUCUGAUAAAACCGACAGUCAAACAUUUCGGGUCAUGUAGAGUUAGUUAGCUUCUUGAAAUGGAGGACCGGUAUGCUUUUCUCACUGAGUGGUAUGAUCCCACUGCAGCCCUACUGCGGCGCUACCAACUCUUCUACUACCCCCAAGAUGGCUCCGUAGAAAUGUUUGACGUAAAGAACCGGCGGAUGUUUUUGAGAAGGACCAAAUAUGACGACAUCCAUCAGGAGGACCUGUUUGUGGGGAAUCGAGUGAAUGUGUUCUCACGGCAGCUAAAUCUGAUAGAUUACGGAGAUCAGUACACAGCAAACAAACUCGGCAGCAAAAAAGAAAGAACUCUUGCUCUGGUAAAGCCGGACGCGGUUACCAGGAUAGGCGAUAUCUUCGAACUGAUUUACUCCUCCCACCUGAUCGUGACCAAAGCCAAAAUGACCAAGCUUACAUGGAGCCAAGCGGCAGACUUUUAUGCGGAACAUCAGUCAAAGCCUUUCUUCAAUCUGCCUCCAUUUUACAGCAACUUGGUGCAGUUUGUGUCGUCAGGCCCUGCGGUUGCCAUGGAGCUGAUGGGUGACGAGGCCACGUCUGUCUGGAGGAAGCUCCUGGGCCCGGCAGACUCCGCCGUGGCGCGCAAGGAAGCGCCGCAGAGUGUCCGCGCGCAGUUCGGGACGGAUGCCGUCAAAAACGUUUGCCACGGCUCCGAGUCGCUCGCCGCUGCGGCUAGAGAGCUUGAGUUCUUUUUUCCCUCCACCAUCGGCCACGGCCCCUCUAACACAGCCGUCUACACAGACUGCACAUGUUGCAUCAUCAAGCCUCACGCCAUAUCAGAAGGUCUGACCGGGAAGAUCCUGAACUCCAUAUCUGCAGCUGGUUUUGAAAUCUCUGCUCUUGAAAUGUUCAACGUGGACCGGGCAAACGCAGAGGAAUUCUACGAGGUUUACAAAGGCGUCGUCACAGAAUAUCCUAGUAUGGUGACGGAGCUGUGCUCUGGGCCCUGCUUGGUCCUAGAGAUCCACGGCACAGAUGUACCAAAGUCUUUCAGGGAAUUCUGCGGUCCGUCCGAUCCCGAAAUCGCACGGCAUCUCCGUUCCAACACGCUGCGCGCCCUUUAUGGCAAAGACAAAGUGAGAAACGCGGUGCACUGCACAGACCUCCCUGAGGACGGUGGUCUGGAGGUGCAGUAUUUCUUUAAGAUUUUGGACGGAUGAAAGCAAAGAAGACGCUUCGACCACACACUCAAGGACGCCACCGUUGUCUCAAUGUUCUGUUUAUUGUUUCAGCCUUAUGCAGAUUAAAUAAAGUGACAAGAUCAGACUCCUGACAUGUGUUUUGAUCUCAAACAUUGAAUUAAGUAUUUUUCACACCCACUAAAACACCUUAUUACAUGGGAUACUGCAUUGCCUCUGAUUUUUCUCUAAGUUUUAGACCAGCGACUUUGGUUUUGGAUUCAUAAACAUCACACGUUG